GGAGGGUGUUGGAUGUCAUGUGACUGUAGUGGGGAGCGUUGAAGAGGCAUAAAAGUUAGCGCACGAGCUCGAAGAGUCAUUAUUUCUUUUUCAGUUGCAGCAACAUCAGAAGCAGCAGUAGAAACUGUAGUAGAACGUUUCAAAGUAAAAAUGUCAAAUUUCUUACCAAACUCUAAUCAACUCUGUAGCGGGGAAGAGGACAUAGAAUAUGUUAUAUUUGAUGAAUAUUAUUAUAAUUCUUAUGAGGAUUCGGAUGAGAACUCCGAUGAUAAUGAGGUUGAAAUAUAUGAUAGUCAGGGUUCAACCAUCAUUCUUAGCAGCGAUGAUGAAGACACAAAUGAUAAUAAUAAUGAUAUUAAUAUAUUUGAUAUUAACUUUGGUGAAGAAGAGUUGUCAGAAUUAUUAGAAUGCGUCCCUGACAUUGAUCAAAUGUUGAAUGCAUACAACAUGUUCGAAUCUUUGCCUGAUAUUAAUCAAAUAUUGGAUGAAUACGGCAUGAUUCUACCAGAGAGUCCGAACAGUGACGUAUUAGAAAUUAAUAUUAGUGAAGAUGAGAUGUCGGAAUUACAUGAAUUAAUUCCUCCAGAAACACCACCCACUCUAAGCGAUGACACAUCCUGCAAAUCUUCACCUUAA